GGGGCUGAGCUGCGCCGGCCGGAAACCCAGCAGGCGACGAAGAUGGCGGAGAACAGCGGUCGCUCAGGCAAGAGCAGCGGGAGCGGCGCGGGGAAGGGGGCGGUGUCCGCAGAACAGGUGCAUCCGAUCAUAAUUCUCUACCUCUUCUAUUCUUCCAUUGAACCCAGUAAGAGUAAAUGUCAUGUCAGAAGACCCAAGGACAUUUUGGAGAGAAAGGUAAUUGCUGGCUUUAACCGCCUUCGGCAGGAACAGCGGGGCCUGGCAUCCAAAGCAGCUGAGUUGGAGAUGGAGUUGAAUGAGCACAGCCUAGUGAUCGAUACACUGAAGGAGGUAGAUGAAACUCGUAAGUGCUACCGCAUGGUUGGAGGAGUGCUGGUGGAGCGAACUGUCAAAGAGGUGCUUCCUGCUUUGGAGAACAACAAGGAGCAGAUACAGAAGAUCAUUGAGACACUGACACAGCAGCUUCAGGCAAAGGGAAAAGAACUAAAUGAAUUCCGGGAAAAGCACAACAUUCGUCUCAUGGGAGAAGAUGAGAAGCCAGCAGCCAAGGAAAACUCAGAAGGGGCUGGGGCUAAGGCCAGCUCAGCUGGAGUGUUGGUCUCCUAGGGACCAAGGCCUUUGCAUUUUUUUCUACCCUGACUCCCACUUCUAAUUUCUCUUUAUUGUUAUUAUUAUUAUUUUCUCUGCUAUUGUAAUAUUUUUUGUUAAUUAAAUGUUUUGGUCAGAUUGCUUAGCUGUA